AUAUCCCCAAAUACAAUUAAUAAUGCUCGAAAAUUUUCUCGUAUUAAUGGACUGGGAUGUAUUGCGUUAGAAAAACCUAUCAUUACCCAUUCAAAAAUAUUAGUUAUCAAAGAAAAAGAGUUUGAAUUAUUCUUUAAUGACAAAGAUAAUAUAAAUAUGAGUUCUUAUAAAGUAGAUCACCAAACAAAUUUACCUGUACUUUAUUUAAAAAACCAAAAAAAUGUGCUUUGGGAAAAGUUUUCUGCCACUUAUCCGGAUGGAAUGAAGCGUACAUCUUUCAUGGCCCGUUUACAAAAUA